UCACCACCAAUUGUUUUACGAGACUUAAGUUCAAGUGUGGUAGUAGAACCACUGCUACAGUUUCUUACAGAUGCACUGAUAAUAUGGAAAAGAAGAAUAUGAGUGAACUUAGUGCAUAGAUUAUCUUUGUGUGAUUUCCGUAAUUAGAUAUCCCAUUUGUUUUACAAGUACCUAUCAUUUUCACGGAGAUUUAAUUAAUUACCUGGUCGCAAGACUUCAAAAUAGUAUCUAUCGUGUUGUUAUAUCUGCAUCAUUCUCUAUUUUUUAUACAAAUUAUUAGGCACAUACUAAAAUUAUAUUUGCAUUGCUUGUUCUAUUUACAGAAUGUUGGCCGCUAUAGCUCAGCUGCAAUCGACCAAAUCUAUUUUUCGUAAUUUGGCAAAAUGCAAGGAACUGAUUAUUGAAGCUGCUGCGAAAGGUGCAUCUUGCAUUUUUUUUCCAGAAGCAUCGGACUUCAUUGCAGAAAACGUGAAUGAAUCUGUUGAAUUAACUUCUACGGAGGAGAACAAAAAGUUUCUCCAGGGUAUAUGCGAGCAGGCAAUACGAUCUAAAAUUCAUGUGAAUAUUUGUGUGCAUGAAGCCUCGGAAUGUGCAGGGAAAAUUUAUAAUUCAAACAUUUGGAUUGAACCUACUCGCGGCACCAUUGCAGCUCGCUACCACAAGGUGCAUUUGUUUGAUGUUGAUUUGGGUCCAGGGAAGACAUUCAAGGAAUCAAACUCAACUAUGCCAGGAACAGAAAUUCCAAGCCCAGUGAUGACACCAUUGGGUAAGGUUGGCCUAGCUAUUUGUUUUGACCUUCGGUUUCCCGAAUUGGCUCAGCACCUUCGCUCAAAAGGCGCUGAUAUUCUCGUAUACCCGAGUGCUUUCACGGAAAAAACUGGGGCUGCUCAUUGGGAAACGUUACUCAGAGCUAGAGCAAUUGAUUCACAGUGUUUCGUUGUUGCAGCUGCUCAGCACGGUGCUCACAACGCUAAACGUACUAGUUAUGGUCAUUCCAUGGUGAUUGAUCCUUGGGGCACGGUGAUUGCUCAAUACAGUGACAUGAAUACUCCUGAAGGACUUCUUCUAUUUGAUGUGAACCUUUCCAUUGCUGAACGAGUUCGCCGAGCUAUACCGCUUGCAAGACGAAAUGAUUUAUACCCGAAGCUUUAAACGCAUAAUACCGACUUCGUAAAAGGCAUCUUUUUAGUUAUCAGUCCUACUUGACGAAAACAAGUUUGUGAUUAUUAGUAUUACUUUUCGUAAUUUGCUUCCCAGAAUAUAGCCGAUUUUAUUAAUUAAACAGAAACCAAGAAAAGCGAGCA